CGGGAGGAGGCGGUGCCGGGGUUCGAGGGUCGCGGGCGCUGCUCCCCGGAGAACAGGCCGCGGCCGGGGUACGGAAGACACGGGAGGAGCAGAUCCUAGAGGCACGGCGGAAUUCGGAGAGGCCUUUGUAGUCGCGGGCGGGCUAGGGGCCCGCACAGCUCCAGUCUGUCCGCCUCCCACCAGUCUCCCAGCAAAUACAGCCCCUGCACGCGUCAGUUCAGGCUCAUCUUCCCCACGACCCAGCUGCCCUCCUGCUACCUUCGGGCCUAUUUACCGUGUAUUACCUGCCGCGUCCCUGCCGGCACUUGAAUUUGCUACCGUCCUUCAAUUAACAGUGAAAAAAAAAAAAUGUAGUUCCUCCUUUUACAAUCACCAUAUGCGGAUGGCAGAUGGCAUUAUCUGCUUUAUGGGAGAAAUAUGUCGCUCGGGUUCCCACCAUGGCAGAGCAGGGCUAAAACCCUGGUCUUUGGUUUCCGUGCCCUUUCCUCAAGAUAGCCCUCCCCGUCGUCAUCUAAAAAGCAAUGUUUUCCUUUUCCGAAACAGUUUUCUCAAAAAUCUGGUUACCGAUUCCUUGACAGGAGAGGAAAGAAUUGGGUGCGAAAGCACUCGAGGACAAGAAAAGUUGUUAGGUGUCACGUAGUGAGGAGCUAUGCUCUAGACCACCAGCCUGCAAUAGUUGGAACGCUUACUGGCUAUGUGAACUCAGGGCAAGCUACUCGCAUUGUCCUCAGUUUCCUUGUUUAUAAAAUAGGGUUGCUAACAAUGCCAACUGGUGCUACAGGGGCUAAAUCACGUAAAGCAGGGCCUGGCACGUUGCUGCCACUGCUGAGAAAGUCCACUGUUCUUUUCCGAGCCUUGCUCUCUGGAUACUCCUUGAGCCAGGGAAAGAGUUGGGGCCUGGGCCAGUAUAGUCCUGUCGGCUCUUAGCUCCUUCUGACUUCCCUUUCUGAAGGCACCUGGGGUCGUUCUCAGUGUAAGGAUUUCAGAGCCGCUGAUUGAGGGGUAGAAAGCAGAAGGGGUUUCCCCGGCUCUCUUUUUUUUUUUUUCCUCUCAGAUCCGCCUUCUGGAGGCUCCACCCAUCCUCAGGGGAAGAGCCCAGAAGAGGACAUGGCUACUGGACAAAGGGAAACAGGGGCUCAGGUGUCGGUGACAUUCAAGGAUGUGGCUAUACUCUUUACUCGGGAUGAGUGGAGAAAGCUGGAUCCUUCUCAGAGGAACUUGUACCGGGAUGUGAUGCUGGAGAACUAUAGCAACCUGGUCUCGUUGGGACCCCCAUUUUCCAAGCCAAAAGUGAUCUCCCUGUUGCAGCAAGGAGAAGAGCCCUGGAAGGUAGAGAAAGAAAGUCCUGGAGACUCUUCUCUGGGAAGAAACAAAGAAACAAAAAAGGAAGCCAGAUUUUGUGAAUAUCAUCCAUUGGUGUGCCAGUUUUCAGGAUGGGAGAACAAUCAAAAAAUCACAAAGUCAACGCAAACACAAGAUUCAUCAUUUCAGCGACUGAUAAUAAAAAGUUCCAAAAGGAAUGGACCGAGGGACUUCAAAUCAGAAAAACCUUGUGUAUAUGAAGACAGAUUAAAGAAACUGCCUCAUAAAAAGGAUAGUUUUCAGAUAGUUUCAGUCACCCACAAAAAAAUCCUUACUAUAGAAAAAAUCCAUAAAAAUAUUGAAUUUGGCCAAAACUUCAACCUGAAGUCAGACCUUGUUAGGCAACAGAUGGUAGAUAGAGAAAAAUCUCCCUCAAAAUCUGAAACACAAGGAAAUAGGUUCAAACAGAAUUCAGAUUUGCUUAGUCAACCAAAAAUCAACACAGCAGAGAAACGCUAUAAAUGUAAUAUAUGUGAAAAAACCUUUACUAACAAUUCAUCUCUUCGUAAGCAUCUGAAAAACCAUACUGGAGAGAAAUUGUUUAAAUGUAAAGAAUGUUUGAAAGCCUUCAGCCAAAGUUCAGCUCUUAUUCAACAUCAAAUAACUCAUACUGGAGAGAAACCCUAUGUAUGUAAAGAAUGUGGGAAAGCCUUCACUCUUAGUACAUCCCUCUAUAAGCAUCUGAGAACCCAUACUGUGGAGAAAUCCUAUAGAUGUAAAGAAUGUGGUAAAUCCUUCAGCCGAAGAUCAGGCCUUUUUAUACAUCAAAAAGUCCAUGCUCAAGAAAAUCCCUAUAAAUAUAAUCCAGGUAGGAAGUCAUCCCUUCCUGGAUGUCAGAGAAUUCAUCCCAGAAAGAAGUCUUAUUUAUGUAAUGAAUGUGGCAACACCUUUAAGUCUAGUUCAUCGCUUCGUUAUCACCAGAGAAUUCACACUGGAGAGAAACCUUUUAAAUGUAGUGAAUGUGGGAGAGCCUUCAGUCAGAGUGCAUCUCUUAUCCAACAUGAGAGAAUUCACACUGGAGAAAAACCCUAUAGAUGUAAUGAAUGUGGAAAAGGCUUCACUUCUAUUUCAAGACUUAAUAGGCAUCGAAUAAUUCAUACUGGUGAGAAGUUUUAUAAUUGUAAUGAAUGUGGUAAAGCCUUAAGUUCCCACUCAACACUUAUUAUUCAUGAGAGAAUUCAUACUGGAGAGAAACCAUGUAAAUGUAAAGUAUGUGGAAAAGCUUUCAGACAAAGUUCAGCUCUCAUUCAACAUCAGAGAAUGCACACUGGAGAAAGACCCUAUAAAUGUAAUGAGUGUGGGAAAACAUUCAGAUGUAACUCAUCCCUUAGCAACCAUCAGAGAAUUCAUACUGGAGAAAAACCAUAUCGAUGUGAGGAAUGUGGAAUAUCUUUUGGUCAAAGUUCAGCUCUUAUUCAACAUCGGAGAAUUCAUACAGGAGAGAAACCCUUUGAAUGUAAUACAUGUGGGAAGACUUUUAGACAGAGCUCAUCACGUAUUGCCCAUCAGAGAAUUCAUACCGGAGAGAAACCCUAUGAAUGUAACACAUGUGGAAAGCUUUUCAACCACAGGUCAUCCCUUACUAAUCACUAUAAAACUCAUAUUGGGGAGAACCCCUAGAAAAUAUAUUUGCUUAUGUAAAAGCCUUAAACCAAAGCUUAUCAAAGAAUACAUACUUGACUGUCAUGUAAUAAAUAUAAUGAGUAUGAGAAAAUUUCUACAAUAUUUAAUCCUCGUCUGAUAUUAAAUUCCAAGGAUAAACCUUGACUACAUAAUAAAUAUGAGGAAAGCAUUCAUACACUUUUAAAAUAACCUGGGAUGAAGAAUUCCACAACAGGAUACAUUGACUUGAAGCAUUUGUAAAAUGAAAGGUUCUUUUUGUUGGUGGUGGUGGUGUUUUCAUAUAGCAGUGUCAGUAUACACUAGAUGCUAUAAGUGACCAUCAUAAACAUGUGAUGGGGAGUGGUUAUGUGUGCUGGAUUUCUCACUAGAAAAACACCAAACUCUAUAAACUAGUAAUAUAUUUUUAUAACAUUUUAAUAACAUGAAAGAAUUUAUACAUUUUUAGAGAAAAGGACCAAAUAAAAGAUAAAAACAAACUGUAAACUACCUCUCAAUCUGUGGAUUUUGUC